UCCUUUUGGGGCCUGAUGUGUGAGGUAGAUAAGUCUGCUUCCGUAGAAGUCCCCGGUCGGCGUCUGUCAGGGUUAGCCUUUGUAAGAAGGGUAGCGAUUGUAGUGCGGCCUGUCUUAAGUAGUAAGUUUAGGGUUAGUGUCUGGUUUUCACUUCCAGCAGAUCUCAGUCCAAAGCAGCCACGUGUUGGUCAGAGCAGGUUUACACUCUUAGAGCGUUUUCCUCCACGGUGUCCUCCCCCCAGCCCUACCCAGCCUCUCGAAGACUCCGUUCAGGCCGGGGAUGCCGUAGGUUCUCAGGUAACUGCUGGUCGUGGUUGUCUACUGCAGGUCAUCAGUGAGCUGAACGGAAAGAACAUUGAAGACGUCAUUGCCCAGGGUAUUGGCAAGCUGGCCAGUGUGCCCGCUGGUGGGGCUGUGGCUGUGUCUGCGGCUCCAGGCUCUGCAGCCCCCGCUGCUGGCUCUGCCCCUGCUGCAGCUGAAGAGAAGAAAGACGAGAAGAAGGAGGAGUCCGAAGAGUCAGACGAUGACAUGGGAUUUGGCCUAUUUGAUUAGACCGCUCCCCUGCAAAUAAAACCUUUUUACAUAUCUCGA